AUGUCCUACGAAGAUCCAUUUCAUGCCAUUGUUUCCAUCUCUCCCCAUCCUUCUCCGGGUCCAGGAGAGGAUGUAGGAGUGAUGCCCACCGCCAGACACCCCGAUUUGGCUCAAACCCGCAGCGAAGCGAUCCUCGUGUUGCAACACUACACGCCUCUCAACCGCCACGAUGAUACAGCCCUUCUUCUCCGAACGUUCCUCAAUAAUCUCCCCGACGACGGCAAAUUGGCCCUUGCCCUUGAUGUCCUCAGUGUCGCAGGGGAGGACAACAAGCUCCGACAACUCCGAAAUUUCCUUGUCGACGCGAUCCUGAAGCCCAUGCAGAUUGCAGGAGGAAAAACACCACGGGUCUACGUAUCGGCACCAACAAAUCCAAACGCCCCUGAUGAAAUCGAGGAAGCCAUGACCGAGAUCGAGUCCUCGCCCAGAAACGAUCAGCAGAAGCUAAAAACCGACUGCUUGAGAAGAGAUGGUUUUCGCUGUGUGAUCUCAGGCCUUUAUGACCGGCAGUCGAUUCGGGACCACCUUGUGACGCCCCCUGCCGGUAACCCGUCCGGUGGCACCGAAUGCGCGCACAUUCUCCCCUUUGCUCUUAGAAAGUUUAACGAGAGAAAUGCGCAACAGACAGAGAAUGCCGCCACCAUUUGGUGGGGAUUGCAUCGCUAUUUCCCAUCUCUUAGAAAUAAGAUCGAUGCUGGAUCCAUCAACCAGCCCCAGAACGCCAUGACGCUUGCCGUUCAAGUGCACGACGACUUUGGAUCCUAUGACGUCGCACUCUCACCUAUACAAGGACCUGAUAACAAGUACCACAUCCAGUUGUUUGAGCUCUCCACCACGUUUCCCCCCUCCUAUGCCCAGCGGCCAAUGGUGACUUUGACGUCAAGGAACACAUCAAUCCCCGUGCCGGACCCUGUAUACCUUGAUACGCACGCGCGAAUUGCACGGAUCCUCGAGGCGUUUCGCGAGAGUGGUACGCUGCACCUAGGGCUAGUCGAUAUCCAGGGACAACGAACAGCAGCCAGCAGCUAG